AAAUCCAACAAUCACUCCUCCGUAUGCCAAACUCUUUCUGUUCCAAAUCUCGCGGCUACGACGAGGCUCGAGUUGCAGCCGCUGAUGACUAGCAGACACAAGAAAACAAAAAGAACACCAAAAUAUCACACAGAAAGAAUACACCCGCUCCAGUCCACCCGAGACGUGGUGCUGUCUGGACACGGAUGGAAGGGGGAGGGGUUCAACGAGAAAGACGAGCAGAAAGGGGAGAUAAACAACUUGGUGUCGGAAGACGAUAGUCACAAACAUAAUAUUUUAUUUUGCUAUUAUAUGUAAUGUGUUGCAGUCGAACAAAUCCUUUUCCAGUUCCUCCCUCAGCAAAAGGAAAGAUGAUUCACGUUAUAAACCAAGAAGAACGGCGAUGAGUAGGAACUCAUGGCAGAUCACGGAAGGAGAGGGGAGGAGGGAAGGGGAGAGAAAAGGGAAGAAAAAAGUGAGAGUGGGUCGGGUAGGGGGAAUGAAGUUUGCGGUGGAGGAAGAGAGAGUCGGGAUGUAAUCCUUAUCAUUUACAGAGACAAUAAACAGCCCGACUUCUCCUCGGCGAAGUCCAGCGAGCUUCGUGGGCGAUAUCGUGUCUCGGGUCUCGCACGCGCCGGCUUCACUGAGGGUUGCCUCCUCGCCUGGCGUCUCGCUUCCGGUGGAGUGUUCAUCGUCGACGAGUCCUGGUCAAGCUGCCGAUCACCCCUGGGGUGGGGGAGGGGGUGUAAAGUCAACGGUCUGUACUUCGAUUCCAAAUCCACAAUUUAAAGUUAUUUGUAGCUGUUACUUUUGAAGCCUACAACAAAGUAUGAUCACACGGUCAACAAGGAGCUGUACAGACAGAAGACCUCGUGUCAGUCUCCUCGCCUUUCAUAAACCCCGGUCUGGGAUCGUCUUCCUCUCUGGAACCCGCCGCUGCGAUUGGCUGAGGGGCCUGCCAGACAUCUUGAAGGCGUGCUCAGGCCGCAGGCAGGUUUGCAGAUGGGCGGCGAUAAGACGCCUGGAGCAAGUGCCAGAACCUUGACAGGCACCAGGCCACGCCCCCUUGGAUUCUUGGCACUCCGCGCGGCUCUGCGAGUCCAAGUCGGUGGCCAAUGCUGAGACGCAGAAGCUGGUUCCGCGAAGCAGCCCGUGUGAAAUGGCGCAUAAAGUGAGAGAGGGCUAAUGAAGAGCUCCAUUUUCUUAACGGUCCCCUCUGAUACGGCUUGUCAGCCUCGUUAUAGCUUGCAGUCAGCUCCUGUGUGUCCUUCUGCUCUCUCUCCCCCUCCACCCUGCACCUCCUUCCCCGACGCUACCUCCAUCAUCGUUACCACCACCACCACUUCCACUACCACCACCACUACCACUACAACCUCCUCCUCGUCUUCGGCUUCCACUCCUUCGCUAUCAGCUCUCGCUUGCCAGGCGGGGAGCUCUUGUCGACUGCUUGCGAAUACUUACUAUCUUUCGCCGUCGCGGGCCGCUUAUCAGCCAGUGCCUCUUACUCCGCCAAACCGUUCUGACGGUGACUAAAAAGCUGGAAACAGAAAGUCGAUUGUGCACGUCAGACCAGUCACAGCGAGGCUGUGCUAAGUGGAUGCUACUUUGGUUUCGCUCGCGUUGAUCGAAUUUCGGGGACUCACGCCUCCCUGAUUAACGUCUGACGGGUGGCGGUUGCACCGACGUGCCUUCGAUACCCUUGGCAAGCGCUCGGCCACCUGACUCUCCCGGGCGAGAAAUCUAAUUCUGGACUGGCGAGUGUUUAUAGGGCUGUGACAUCAAGAACGCUUGUUUGAGGAAGUGCUUAGUGUGGGUCAGAUUUUUUUCUCUCACCUCUACCGGAGGCAUCGGGUCACUCGAGACUGGCUUCAUCCGCGUUAACAUUUGUUCAGUGACUACAAGAGAAGAUGUCGAGGGUUAGAAUGGCAAGAUGUCUUUGAGAACUGUUUGUGACCAGUCUUUAGUCGACUGAUCUAACUGGCUAGAGAAAAAAAAAAAAAACAGUAGUUUUUCUGGUGUUUGUUUUCUUCUUGGAAGUGAAAAGAACAGUGAUGACAACAACCAGUAGGUAAACAACAAACUCGUCGGUUUUUCUCAUCUCGCGACCUUUCGCGAUGGAUUGCGAUCUGGACAGGAAGCCAUUCGACGGGUCGACUGUGCUCAUGGCACAACCUCCCCCUCCUCACCACUCCUUACCUCUUACUCUUCCUCAUACCAGCUCCCAUUCGCACCCGUACCCGAUCCAUCACCACCAGCAGCAGACUAUACCCCAGUCCCAUCAGCAUUCCCACUCGGAUCCAGAGCUCGAAGCCUUGCAAAGGAUGCAGCAGCAACAACAACAGCAGCAGCAACAGCAGCAGCAACAACAACAGACAGUCGGUGACCCAGGUCGAAAGUCCAUCGAGCCCAAAUUGGAACCUGAGGACCCGGACAGCGGAGGAGAGUCUCCCAGCACGACGACCAACAACCCAGAGUCGCCGUCUGAUGGCUCCGAGUCCAAAUCUCCCAACGGAAGCAGCAACGCAGCGGGCAAAGAAGUCCGGGGUAGGGGUACGGAGGUCGGAGAAACCACCCUAUUCCUACAUCGCCCUCAUCGUUAUGGCCAUCCAGGCCUCGCCCACCAAGCGAUGUACGCUCAGUGAGAUCUACCAGUUCCUCCAGCAACGCUCCUUCUUCCGAGGGACGUAUCAGGGCUGGAAGAACUCUGUGCGGCACAACCUCUCCCUCAAUGAGUGCUUCAUCAAGCUGCCCAAAGGCAUUGGCCGACCAGGGAAGGGACACUACUGGACCAUCGACCCUGCUGCUGAGUUCAUGUUCGAGGAGGGCUCGUUCCGCAGACGACCCCGAGGGUUCCGCCGGAAGUGUCAGGCUUUGAAGCCACUGGGCAUGCUCAAUGGAAUGGCCGGGGCGGGUGCAAUGACAGGCGGCUAUUACGACUUCCUGCAUUCGCCCAACACCGCAGCGGCCAUGUCGCAACAGUCAGCAAUGGCGUAUUCCGGUUCCGGUGGUGCCAUGAGCAUGGGUGUGGGCGGAGGAGUUGGAGGAGGAAGCGGCGGUCACCCUUUGUACCACCACCACCACCAUCACCAAAGCGCCUACGACACGUCUCAGAUGAUGAUGUCCGGCAUGGGGGCCCCGCCUCAUCACUCGCACCCUCACCACCACCAUCACCACGCCGCCAUGCAGCAGCACAUGCAGGCUGCCGCCGCUGCCGCCAACUGCAGCAACUACGCACCCUCCCUGCCCACCAUCAACUCCACCAUCAGCUCCGCCAUCAACAACCGCUACGCACAGUCCUGCGCCAUGGCAGCAGCCGGCAUCGCUAACGGCGCGACGGGGGGCGACUUCACCUCCCACCUGGCCACGGCAACCGCCACCGCCAGCGCGGCUAUCCACAACGGCGUCUACGACCGCGACACGGCCUCCACCACGCCCUCUUCUUCGGCAGCUUCUUCUUCCUCCUCAGCCAUGUACGCCUCGUCGGCGGCCAGCAUGAUGGGGAUGGGGAUGGGCGGCCAGUGGUCAGCCGGCGCCCACGUGACUCAGUCGGCGGGACGGUACUGUAAGCAGCAGCCGCUGUCGCCGACGGGCAGCACGGGGUCGCUGCAGAGCAUGUCCCCGCCAUCCAGCUCGGACGCUAGUCCCUACACCGGUCUGACGUCAGCCACGGGGGGAGAACCCGUCGACCUGGCCCUGGCGGGCAUGCGUUUGCAGACGCAGGCUUUCCAGCAGAGCGGGUCGUGCGACCGGAAGUCCUACUUUCCCUACUCUUCAAACGGGAUGGCAUCAGCUGUGCAUGCCUCGUCCUAUUAUGACAAAUGUUCCAUGUGAGAAUCGUGCUUUUUGUGGACGGAAGCCGUAGCAUCAGGUCGUUGUGUGUGCUCAAUGCCGAUAUUUCACUUGUCGCGAAGUUUCUAGAGCUCCUGUCACAAGUGUCGUGUGGAAGAGGUCACCGUCGGUGCUGACCUCUUCAGUGAGAUUGCUCGUCCUUGGCUGCAUGGAUGGUGCUGUGCCUACUGUCUUACAGACUCUAAUAACUCCAGAAUGUUCGGAGAAGAUAGUGGAGACUGGACGUCUAGUGACUAAUAUAUUCUGUCAUACUCCGUGUGGCCAAACAUUGACUGGCGCAUUGUGUGUGGACUUUGAAUACUCUACUGAGUGAUGAACUUGCUUCGUACUCUCAUGACCCUGUGUGCCAAAAUACUGUUCCUUACCUGCACUGAUGACGUCACCAUAAUGAAGAAGCAGACCCGUAUGUCGGAGAAUAUCCUGCUUGCAGGAUGGACGGUCUUUGAAGCGUUCAAAGAAGACAUGUUCGCUGCCUAGCAACGAGGGUGGGACAAGAUUAAUAUUUGCUUAUCGUAAAGUUUCUUACAUAGAUCAUUGUUGGUCUGUGUUCGGGGUGGACAUGCUACAACAGCGGGCCCACCACAGACAAUCUUUAAUGUGGAUGAACAGUUGCGUUUGUGAAGGCUGUCGACAUGGAACCUUUGAAAGUUUUAUUCUCAGCGAGACUGAUUUCUGCAAUUUUGCUGCGAAUCUUAUAUUUCAGAUGAAGAAGCUAGCGCCAACAUAAAUUAUAGAAUGCUAAGUUUGUCUCCCCCUCCCUCAUGUUUGUUGCCAGUCUACUGUCUACAUCAACAUGUGCUUUGAUGCUGUUUACCGAGAGGAACCUGCUUGCAAGGCAAGAGCCGCCUUCAUUUGAAUAUCCACUAGUGCCUACCUACGAUUUACUUAUGACUAGGAAUAAGUGGACUUGAGAUCACAGUCACGUGACCGUCCUGACGAAGCUAACGGAUAAUGAAUUACUUAAAUGUGGGGACACGUGUGCAUGCUUUGCUUCACCUGUAAGUGAUGAUAAACUGCGCAUGCGCGGGUGUGUAUGCGUGCGUGCGUGUGUAAGCAAGAGCAUGUGUUUACUUUUUUGUCAUGAGAAAAAAUUAUGUAACAUUAAUGUUUGCUAAUUUUUAUGACCUUGUGGGUUUCUUUUCAACCCUUUUGAAGUGCCUAUAUUUUCUAUGAAAAAAAAUGUGCUUGCGCUGCUCGAUAGUCACGAAUGAUCGCGCGGUCCUCGCGAGGACGAACUCUCUCGAAGCCAUGGCGAUGAGUUUUAAUUUAAACUUGCUGCGAACAGGUGUUGUGACUUGAGCUCCUCAUACACGCCAUGAACUUGUGAGAAAAACUCAGUUAAUCUUCGGUCGACUGCUUUACCACAACAAAGAUCCAGUGCCCGCAUCACCAAAGAUACAUUUAUUUUUAAUACCGACACUAAAAAAGAGAAUAUAUUCAGAAAAGAGGAUAAAUCUUAAAAUAAUAUGAAUUUGCAUACUGUAAUAAUAAUAAUAAUAAUAAUAAUAAAAAAAACUAAUAAAACUAAAAUGAAUUUUAUCCUCAAUAUUUUCAAUUCAUCUUACACACUAAAUUCAGCUACCCCUCAUAUACCCGUAUUUCACCACGUUUUUACUGUGCCUUAAAAUCCUGAUCACCCGCAUUUUUUUUAAGGAAACAAAAGAACGAAAUUGAAGAAAUAAAAACAAACACUUUCAUUAUUUUAUUCCGUAGUUUAGAACUCUUUGUUUUCCUUACCAUGAAUUCCGAUGAUGGUAUUUUAACAUUGUGUUUCAUCGCUCGCUCGGAUACAAAUUUCAGACAGUUUUGUGUAUCAUCCUCUCUCUCUCAUUUCACAAGCCGCAAACAGGUCUGUUAUUGACCUUAAGUUACAACAUGUCUUGAAAAUAAAAACAAAGUGAGUAAUUUUUAAUGGACAAAUUUCCAGUUCACAUCCCUCCAUAUUCAUCAAACCAAUGCCAAAUUUCUGAAAUUUAUUUCUAGACAUAAAAAAUCGGCUCACCUGUAUUUAUUUCGAUUUCGUGCCUCGUGUUUACAAGCCGGAUAAUGAUCGCAGCUUAAUGGUAGCUCUUUAAAAAACAGUUUUUUGGGUGAUAGCUAGCAAAAAAAAUUUAUAGCCUUUUUUUUUAAUUCGAACGUACCUUUGUAAAACUCGUCAAUAAAUAAAUAAAAUGUUAUAAAAUUAAAAACAGCAUGCUUAUUGCCUGCACUGCAAGAUUCUGAUUUUUAAAUGUUUACACAAGUGAAGUCCUGGAAAAAAAUCCACGAACUAAUUUUUAAAUUCCCCAUUUUCUCCUUUGGACAAAAUCAACAAUAUUAAUAGCCUCUACAAAUCUACGAUCAAAAAUGUUUAAAAAAAAAAUUGGUCCUUUCUAAACUAACCAAAAGACUAGCGCUGGUGUCUUGUAUUCACCGAACGCGUCCGUCCAUCCGUCCGUCCGUCGUUUUUACCUGCAGCAGCAAAUAAUCCCAGCAAACGUGUGCAAACUUAGAGUUAUUUAUCUAUUUAUUUAUAGUUCUACUUUUUACAAAUUUAUCAAUAAAUUUCUAUAUAUUAAUUUUUAUUUUUUUGCGAAUGAUGAAUAUAUUCUUACAAUGAUGGGUAUGUUGACAGAGCAGCGGAGACAAUUUUCUUGAAUAGCUAGGAUGAUAAUACAAAAUUAUAUCCAUGGUUUUUGAUUGUUUCUUUUAGGAAGAUUUUAUUCAAUUAUCCUCCCCGACUGAGAGGCCUUACCUGAAUUAUGCAAGUUACAAUCACAUCAAAUCUCUUACCAAAGGUGCUUUGUGGAUGCGGGUGGAAUGUUGUGUGUACAUAGAUGGCGUUUGAGCUUCUGUGUUCCUUGCUAUAAACACGUGGUUUGCUUCGUUAACGAAAUGGCUAUUUUCAUAAAUGAAACAUUUAGAUUAUUGUCACGUGAUGUCUUCCAACGUGUCUUGUCCACGGCUGACAUGCCGGUUCAUUUCUCACACUAUCGUCGAGAAGAAAAGUUGUUUAUUAAACAAAACACUUUGUUUUUUCAAGCACACAUGUCGACUCCUUUCAUUAUUUGUAUACGUGCG